GGUUAGUUCUGAGGACCCAGGAAAGCUGCGCGAGGGCAGCUUGCAGUGGCGAAGUGAGCUAACGGUGCCCUGGAAGACUGGUGGGCUCCGCCGGGGGUGGCGGCCUCGGAAACAGGUUCGAGCGCCCGUCACCGCUACAGCUUUCCUCCUGACACUCCCAGGGAGAUAGUGGUGAAAGUAAACAAACGAUGGCCAGUAAUCACAAACCUUCAGCUCGCCCUGUUUCACGAGGUGGAAUGGGGUUGACUGGAAGACCUCCUUCUGGAAUACGACCCCCAUCAGCAAGUAUUCGAGUGGCAACUGGAAUGCCACCUGGAACAGCAAGACCAGGCUCUCGUGGUGGUACCAUUGGGACAGGGGGAGUUCUGUCUUCUCAAAUAAAAGUUGCUGAUCGUCCUGUAACACAACAAGGUUUGAGUGGAAUGAAAACUGGAAUGAAAGGUCCCCAGAGGCAAAUUUUAGACAAAUCUUAUUAUCUUGGACUUCUUCGAAGUAAAAUAAGUGAACUUACAACAGAAAUUAAUAAACUUCAAAAAGAAAUAGAAAUGUACAAUCAAGAGAAUUCAGUAUAUUUGUCAUAUGAAAAGAGAGCUGAGACUUUAGCUGUUGAAAUCAAAGAGUUUCAAGGACAACUAGCAGACUACAAUAUGUUGGUAGAUAAACUUAAUACCAAUACUGAAAUGGAAGAAGUAAUGAAUGAUUACAACAUGCUUAAAGCUCAAAAUGAUCGAGAAACACAAAGUAUGGAUAUCAUAUUUACUGAAAGACAAGCGAAGGAAAAACAAAUUAGAAGUGUAGAAGAAGAAGUUGAACAGGAAAAGCAAGCAGCAGAUGGCAUUAUCAAAAACAUGUCUCCUGAAAAACAAGUCAAGUACACAGAAAUGAAAACCACAAAUGAGAAAUUGUUGCAGGAAUUAGAUACACUUCAGCAACAACUAGACUCACUGAACAUGAAAAAAGAGAGCUUGGAAGCUGAAAUAGCACACUCCCAGGUUAAACAGGAGGCUGUAUUGCUGCAUGAAAAACUUUAUGAGUUGGAGUCCCAUCGAGACCAAAUGAUUGCUGAAGACAAAAGCAUGGGAUCUCCAAUGGAAGAGAGAGAGAGAUUACUUAAGCAGGUUAAAGAAGAUAAUCAGGAAAUAGCCAGCAUGGAGCGACAGUUAACAGAUAUAAAAGAAAAAAUAAAGCAAUUUAAUGAAGAAAUUAGACAACUGGACAUGGAUUUAGAAGAACACCAAGGUGAAAUGAAUCAGAAGUACAAGGAACUAAAAAAACGAGAGGAAAAUAUGGACACUUUUAUUGAGACUUUUGAGGAAACUAAGAAUCAGGAACUUGAACGGAAGGCACAGAUAGAAGCCAACAUUGUUACACUUUUGGAGCACUCUAGUAGAAAUAUAAAUCGUAUGAAACAGAUAUCCUCUAUCACCAAUCAAGAGCUGAAGAUGAUGCAGGAUGAUCUCAAUUUUAAAUCUACUGAAAUGCAGAAGUCACAAAGUACAGCUAGAAAUUUGACUUCAGAUAGUCAGCGUCUACAGUUGGAUCUACAGAAAAUGGAGCUUCUGGAAAGUAAAAUGACUGAGGAACAGCAUUCUCUGAAAAGCAAAAUUAAGCAAAUGACAGCUGAUUUGGAAACAUAUAAUGAUUUGCCAGCUUUAAAAUCAUCAGGUGAAGAAAAGAAAAAGAAAUUACAUCAGGAGAGAACAGUAUUAACAACCCGUAGAAAUGCCUUUAAGAAAAUAACGGAGAAGCUAAAUGUAGAGUAUGAGACGCUAAAAACACAAUUGCAAGAAAAUGAGACACAUUCUCAGCUUACAAAUUUGGAGAGGAAGUGGCAACACCAUGAGCAAAAUAAUUUUGUGAUGAAAGAAUUUAUAGCAACCAAGAGUCAAGAGAGUGACUACCAGUCAAUUAUGAAGACUGUGACCAAGCAGAUUGCAGAGUACAAUAAAAACCUUGUGGACGCUCUACAUAGCAUGAGCAGAAACUGAGUCUGAACCAACUGCAAGUCUCUGUAGUAGUGUCCUCUAGAUACUGAACUUUGGACAAGCUGACUGAAAAAAAAAAUAGCUUACCCUUGAAGAGUUUUACCUAAAAUGUUUGAGUGCUAUAAUUUUUGUGACUGCUUUGAAGAGUGUAUUUUAAGUAGUGUAAUAGUUCAAUAAAAAGUUUUUACAUUAAAGUA